UUUUCCCCUUAUCCGGAAAUCCCUUGUCGUUGUCUCAUCACCCCCUUUCUCUUCUUCUAGAUCUUGUGGCUGGAAUUAGGUUCCAUGGCCACCACUAAGCUCUCAGCUGCAACACCGCAACCAACUUUAAGAGAGUCUGAAAGAACAACGGGCAAUCAACCUAGUGAAAGCGCAGCCAAGGCCUCUUCCCCUGAUUCAUCGAACAGUUUGCCGGCGCGAUGGUCCUGCAUGGCGGACGCUUUGCUGCUUACGCUGUUGCUCCAUCUUCGAAUGUUACGAGCACGAGAAAAAGUUUCCUUGGCCUAUUCCUUCCCAAUACCAGCAAUUCUUCCACCACCUCUCGCCGCCUUUCUCUAACAGUGCCAAUAAGCAAAUUAAGCGGCGGAGAUGGCGGAGAGAAGGGAAGAAGAGGAGGUAAAGGUGUUGCAAAGAAGCAGAAGAAGGAGGCUAAAAAAGAAGACGUGCGGUCGCCGAGCGAAGCAGUCGAUCUAGUUGAGGAGGGUUUGGGCAACAAGCAGGUGUCGCUCAGUCUGGAUGACAUGAAUCCGGUGGGUUUGGGGCGGAGGUCGCGACAGAUAUUCGAUGAGAUGUGGAAAAAGUUCUCAGGCCUGGGUCAACUCUCCACAAACUCCGCUGACGAGGGUCUGCUCGACAGCGUGUUGAUCCGCGGGCCGAUGUGUGAGUUCACUAUUCCGGAAGCGCAGGACACCACCGUGCUGGUGGUCGGAGCCACGAGCAGAAUCGGAAGGAUUCUUGUGCGAAAGCUGAUGCUUAGAGGCUAUAAAGUUAAGGCUUUGGUAAGGAAAGCUGAUUCAGAAGUGAUAGAUAUGCUUCCUAGAGCUGUGAACAUUGUGGUCGGUGAUGUGGGUGAACCUUUAACUUUGAAGACUGCCAUAGAAGGAUGCAACAAGAUCAUCUACUGUGCCACUGCUCGCUCUCUUAUUACUGCGGACCUCUAUAGAGUGGAUUAUGGAGGAGUAUACAACGUCACGAAGGCAUUUCAGGAUUAUAACAAUAAAUUAGCACAAUUGAGAGCUGGAAAAAGCAGUAAGAGCAAACUUUUGCUAGCUAAAUUUGAAUCUUCUGACUCAUUAGAGGGGUGGGAAGUUCGCCAAGGAACUUACUUUCAGGAUGUUCUUGCUGCCAAAUAUGACGGAGGAAUGGAUGCAAAGUUGGAGUUUACUGAAACGGGAGAAGCUGUGUUUUCAGGAUAUGUAUUUACAAGAGGUGGAUAUGUUGAGAUUUCCAAGAGACUCUCCUUGCCAUUAGGCUCAACCCUUGAUAGAUAUGAUGGUCUGCUUCUCUCUGUUGGUGGAAACGGAAGGUCAUAUAUUGUGAUUCUAGAGGCUGGCCCAUUGGCUGAUACCUCUCAAAGCAAAUUUUAUUUUGCUAGAAUGAGCACAAAAGUGGGCUUCUGCAGGGUUAGAAUGCCUUUUUCAUCUUUUCGCCCUGUUAAACCGGAUGAUCCUCCACUAGAUCCUUUUCUAGUGCAUACUUUAACAAUUCGAUUUGAACCAAGAAGACAGAGACCUCCCGAAGGACCUACAGGAAUGACACAGGAUCCUAGGAGCUUCAAGCUCAUCCUGGAGUAUGUGAAGGCCUUACCCACUGGCAGAGAAACUGAUUUCAUCUUAGUCUCAUGUACUGGAUCUGGGAUUGAAUCCAGUAGAAGGGAUCAGGUGCUUAAAGCCAAGAAGGCGGGGGAGGAUUCACUGAGAAGAUCAGGCCUUGGUUACACGAUCAUUCGGCCCGGUCCACUGCAGGAAGAGCCAGGCGGUCAAAGAGCAUUGAUAUUUGAUCAAGGAAACAGGAUCUCGCAGGGCAUUAGCUGCGCAGAUGUAGCUGAUAUAUGUGUAAAGGCAUUGCAUGAUCCCACAGCAAGAAAUAAGAGCUUUGAUGUGUGCUAUGAAUAUGUUGGAGAGCAGGGCAACGAGCUUUAUGAGUUGGUGGCGCAUUUGCCUGACAAAGCAAACAACUAUCUCACACCAGCUCUUGCGGUUCUGGAGAAGAACACCUGACGGGGGAAGAAAUUUAUUUAGUGAGAUUUGUGAUAGAUAUCAUUAAUUACGUUUUCAAAGUGUAUAGGCCUGGAUUUUGUUCUACAUUCACCAACUCCCGUUUUAGCUUGCUUUAUAGCGGCGAUGAUGAAAAUUUAUUGGAGAAUUUUAAUGGCGGUAUGUAUGUAAGGUAUUAUGAUAAAUGCUAGUG